CAGGCACAAAGCAAAACACCUCAGUGCAUUAACUCACACCUUCCAGUUCAAAAACAGGAAACUGAUACUAUUUCCUCCAUUUGUCAGAGAAGAGCUUUAGAAGAAAAAUGAAGUCCAGAAGCAGUGCAUCCCUCUUCCUCCUCUGCGCUCUGAUUAUUAACAACUUUACAGACUCCAGUGCAUGUGACUUCACUGUGGCAGUAGGGAGCCCUGUUACCAUUAACCUUGGCCUUGAUCAAACUGAUGAGCUUUUAUGGAAACACAACUCUCAGAGAGUGUUUAAAGGACUGGUUAUUACAGCUCCAACAAAACUAAACAACGUGAAGCUGACCACUGAUGGGUCCCUUAUAAUCCAUUCUGUAAAAAUGAAAGAUAAUGGCGACCAUGAGUUUGAAGUUUUCCUUUCGAAUGGCAAAUCUAAAGCAAAAAAAUCCAUCACUCUUUGUGUUCAUGAAAAGCUCAUUAAGCCAACAGUGGACAUCACAUGUAUAGAUGGGACUCCUUCCAUCAGCUGUGAAGUUGAAGACAAAACCGGACUGACCUUCAGUUGGUAUAAAAAUGAGGAAAAAAUGGAUGAAAAUUCUGCAAGUCUAAGAAACAUUGAGAGAGAUCAGGACUAUGAGUGUGCUGUGGAAAAACCCAUUCCAAGUGAAAAGAGUAAUAAAUUCAGACUAAGUACCACUAAAUACUCCAGUGCAUGUGACUUCACUGUGGCAGUAGGGAGCCCUGUUACCAUUAAGCUUGGCCUUGAUCAAACUGAUGAGCUUGUAUGGAGACACAACUCUAAGAGAGUGUUUAAAGGAGAGGUUAGCAGAUUACCAACAAAACUAAACAUCGCGAAGGUGAACACUGAUGGAUCCCUUAUAAUCAAUUCUGUAAAAAUGGAAGAUAAUGGCGACCAUGAGUUUGAAGUUUUCCUGUCGAAUGGCAGAUCUAAAGCAAAAAAAUCAAUCACACUGUGUGUUCAUGAAAAGCUCCUUAAGCCAACAGUGGACAUCACAUGUAUAGAUGGGAAACCUUCCAUCAGCUGUGAAGUUGAAGACAAAACUGGACUGACCUUCAGUUGGUAUAAAAAUGAGAAAAAAAUGGAUGAAAAUUCUGCAAGUCUAAGAAACAUUGAGAGAGAUCAGGACUAUGAGUGUGCUGUGGAACAACCCAUUCCAAGUGAAAAGAGUAAUAAAUUCAGACUAAGUACCACUAAAUACUCCAGUGCAUGUGACUUCACUGUGGCAGUAGGGAGCCCUGUUACCAUUAAGCUUGGCCUUGAUCAAACUGAUGAGCUUGUAUGGAGACACAACUCUAAGAGAGUGUUUAAAGGAGAGGUUAGCAGAUUACCAACAAAACUAAACAACGCAAAGGUGACCAGUGAUGGAUCCCUUGUAAUCAGUUCUGUAAAAAAAGAAGAUAAUGGCGACCAUGAGUUUGAAGCUUUUCUUUCCUCUGGCAGAUCUAAACCAGAAUCGAAAAAAUCUGUCAAACUGUGUGUUCAUGAAAAGCCCCCUAAGCCAACAGUGGACAUCACAUGUAUAGAUGGGAUCCCUUCCAUCAGCUGUGAAGUUGAAGACAAAACUGGACUGACCUUCAGUUGGUAUAAAAAUGAGGAAAAAAUUGAUGAAACUUCUGCAAGUCUAAGAAACAUUGAGAGAGAUCAGGACUAUGAGUGUGCUGUGGAACAACCCAUUCCAAGUGAAAAGAGUAAUAAAUUCAGACUAAGUACCACUAAAUACUCCAGUGCAUGUGACUUUACUGUGGCAGUAGGGAGCACUAUUACCAUUUACCUUGGUGUUGAUGAAACUGAUGAGCUUGUAUGGAGACACAACUCUCAGAGAGUGUUUAAAGGACUGGUUAUUACAGCACCAACAAAACUAAAAAAUGUGAAGCUGACCACUGAUGGAUCCCUUAUAAUCAAUUCUGUAAAAAUGGAAGAUAAUGGCGACCAUGAGUUUGAAGCUUUUCUUUCGAAUGGCAAAUCUAAAGCAAAAAAAUCCAUCACACUGUGUGUUUAUGAAAAGCUCAUUAAGCCAACAGUGGACAUCACAUGUAUAAAUGGGAUCCCUUCCAUCAGCUGUGAAGUUGAAGACAAAACCGGACUGACCUUCAAUUGGUAUAAAAAUGAGAAAAAAAUGGAUGAAAAUUCUGCAAGUCUAAGAAACAUUGAGAGAGAUCAGGACUAUGAGUGUGCUGUGGAACAACCCAUUCCAAGUGAAAAGAGUAAUAAAUUCAGACUAAGUACAACCGAAGAUGAAGAAGAGCUCAUGCUAAACAGCUCUCCACACUCUCCUACACCUCUCCAGACUCAGCAAACAUAGAAGAUUAAUGCAGGAUUUCAUCCAGCUCCUCCCCAACACCCUAAAAUCUCCAAUUAUGAAAUACUUUUGAACACAUCUGUACAUGCAGCUAAAACAGGGAGCCUAGUGCAUCCCACAUUUAUCAACAUUAACAUUUAUAGGACUCCUAAGCUUUUGUUCUUAAUGACAUUGCUUUUACUUCUAUACUUUUUAAACCACUUUUACACUUUUACUUGAGUUAAAAGCUUAAGAAAUAUUUUAAACUCUAGUAUCUUUACUUCUACCGGAAUAACACACUUUUUGUUUUGAUGCUGCAUACUAUAGAAUGCAUUCUUAAAUAGUUUCUAAAGUUUGAAUUCUUCUUUUUUUAAUCAGUCCUGUGAUUUAGUGGUAAAUGAGAAAUUGUACAAACACUUGUGAUGUUAUUUCUACAAUAUGAUUUUUUUUUACUAUGCAAUGUUUUUUCCUGUUUAAGAAAAUAAAGGUUUAUUGGAUUGGACAG